AUGACGCAACAUAAGAUUGAUCAGAUGGAUGAGGUCAUGUUACCUGGUUUUAGAUUUCACCCGACGGAUGAAGAACUUGUUGGAUUCUACCUUAAAAAGAAAAUUCAGCAACGCAUUCUUCCUAUAGAGCUUAUUAAACAAGUGGAUAUUUAUAAAUACGAUCCAUGGGAUUUACCAAAUUUGGCACCGACGGGAGAAAAAGAAUGGUACUUUUACUGUCCAAGGGACCGUAAAUACAGAAACAGCGCACGACCUAAUCGUGUAACAGGAGCUGGUUUUUGGAAAGCUACUGGCACGGACAGACCGAUAUACUCAUCUGAUGGCAGUAACUGCAUUGGUCUAAAAAAGUCAUUGGUGUUCUAUAGAGGAAGAGCUGCUAAAGGAAUCAAAACUGAUUGGAUGAUGCACGAAUUUCGGCUGCCUUCCCUUUCUCAGUCUCAAUCUUCACCACCUAAAAAGACUUCGGAUAAAAGCCUUCCCCCAAAUGAUGCUUGGGCAAUAUGCAGAAUUUUUAAGAAGACAAGUUCAAUGGCACAAAGAGCAUUAUCACACUCGUGGGCGUCUUCAUUAACCGAGUCUAAUCAUAUAUGCAACAAUGACCCACGACUCGACAGUUUUUCAGCUCUUGACAUCCCAUUGACAUACACAUCUAUGAAUCAAACAGCUUCAAAACUCUCUCCUUUCUCACUCCCACACACGGGUUUCAUGUUUUCAACUGUGGACAUAUCAGGACCAACAACAAAGACCACAAUAUCUGAUGUUAGUCCCAUUUUGUUCAAUCUUGACCCGGAUUUACUUAGAAAUGCAAACGUCAAUAGUACUUCUGAAAGUAUGGCAUUUGGAGAACCACAACAAAUGUUACUUAGUGAUCAUUUCUCCAUGAACUCGCCGCAAGAUUUGCAAGGAAGUAUAGAUAUUGGAGACAAUGAAGAACAUGUUACUACAAUGAAAACCAAUGUGUUCCCCUUUAGUCUGCCAUCAACUGAACCGGAUGACGACUGGAAUCUUAAUAUGCCAUGGGAUUCUCCUACAUACUCCACAAAUAAGUGUUGUAAUUAG